UCUCGCACUCUGUUCUUCCGCCGCUCCGCCGUCGCGUUUCUCUGCCGGUCGCAAUGGAAGAAGAGAUCGCCGCGCUGGUCAUUGACAAUGGCUCCGGCAUGUGCAAAGCUGGUUUUGCUGGGGACGACGCUCCCCGAGCCGUGUUUCCUUCCAUCGUCGGGCGCCCCAGACACCAGGGCGUCAUGGUGGGCAUGGGCCAGAAGGACUCCUACGUGGGCGACGAGGCCCAGAGCAAGCGUGGCAUCCUGACCCUGAAGUACCCCAUUGAGCAUGGCAUCGUCACCAACUGGGACGACAUGGAGAAGAUCUGGCACCACACCUUCUACAACGAGCUGCGCGUGGCCCCGGAGGAGCACCCAGUGCUGCUGACCGAGGCCCCCCUGAACCCCAAGGCCAACAGAGAGAAGAUGACUCAGAUUAUGUUUGAGACCUUCAACACCCCGGCCAUGUACGUGGCCAUCCAGGCCGUGCUGUCCCUCUACGCCUCUGGGCGCACCACUGGCAUUGUCAUGGACUCUGGAGACGGGGUCACCCACACGGUGCCCAUCUACGAGGGCUACGCCCUCCCCCACGCCAUCCUGCGUCUGGACCUGGCUGGCCGGGACCUGACCGACUACCUCAUGAAGAUCCUCACUGAGCGAGGCUACAGCUUCACCACCACGGCCGAGCGGGAAAUCGUGCGCGACAUCAAGGAGAAGCUGUGCUACGUCGCCCUGGACUUCGAGCAGGAG